UUCACAAGCAGGGGGCGAGGCUCCACUUUGCACCCUGCUGCACUGUGACAGUCGCUGGAGUGUGGCGCUCAGCAGGCUUGCUAAAAAAACUCUCGGACCCGGAUUCACGGUGAGUGGGAGAAAAUGGUUGACAUCAGCCAAUUAAUGGAAAAUGAAGUAUUCAUGGCCUUUGCGUCCUAUACAACAAUUGUUCUCUCAAAAAUGAUGUUUAUGAGUACUGCAACUGCAUUUUAUAGAAUUACAAGAAAGGUUUUUGCCAACCCAGAAGACUGUGCAAGCUUUGGCAAAGGAGAAAAUGCCAAGAAAUACUUGCGGACAGAUGACAGGGUGGAACGUGUCAGAAGAGCUCACCUGAAUGACAUUGAAAAUAUUGUGCCAUUUCUUGGUAUUGGCCUCCUGUAUUCCUUGAGUGGUCCAGAUCCUUCUACAGCCAUCCUGCACUUCAGACUCUUUGUUGGAGCCCGAUUCUAUCAUACAAUUGCAUAUUUGCUGCCCCUUCCUCAGCCAAAUAGAGGUUUAGCAUUUUUUGUUGGUUAUGGAGUUACCAUUUCAAUGGCCUACAGUUUGCUGAAGAACAAAUUGUACUUGUAAAGCAAACUAUCAACAACUUCCUAGUUACAAACAACUCAACUGAUUUUCUAAAAAUUCUCUACUUCCAGUGUAUAACCAACAAUGCCACAGAAUGUAAAACAAGAUUUUGGAGGUCUAUUUUGCAUAUUCAGUGCCCUAAACAACUUUUCUUUGCUCUUAUUUGAUAGUGACACUAAAAAUGUAACAUGACCCUUAAAUCUUUAAAUAUUUGGUUGUAAAUUUUCAGAAUAUUUACAUUUAUUCAAUUAUUCAUGCUUUAAACUUAUAAAAAAGUGAUUGCAUGUAUGUCAAACCUGUAUUUUGAUAUUGUUGCAAUGGAUGCAUGAAAUAAAAAUCUAUAGAAUAAUUUA